CAGCACUUGUCACGACUCACUGGCGACUUUUGAUGACGUAUUAUAGAGUCGCACAGGAAGAUUGAAAACACGUUUUUUGACUCAUGCCGGUGAAGACCUCAAAAAUGUUCGUUCUCUAGGAUAAGCACGGUUCUUGACGGUAAGAACCCAUGGCCAUUGAUACGGAGUGGCUGAUUAAAAUUAAUGUGAAGGUCACAAAAUCUCCCCUUUGAACUAGUCUUGAAGGGUCAAAGGCGUCACCAUGACCCAAGCAGCACAGAGGCUCUGUUUCCAUGGCAAGAUGGCUUUGGCUCCCAUGGUACGUGUCGGGACGUUGCCCAUGCGCCUGCUGGCUCUCGACUACGGGGCUGACAUUGUGUACUGUGAGGAGCUCAUCGACAUCAAGAUGGCGCAGUGCCAGCGAGUAAAGAACGAGGUCUUGGACACAGUAGAUUUUGUGGCCCCGGAUGAGAGGGUCAUGUUCCGCACCUGCCAGAGAGAGAAGGAUUUUGUUGUCUUUCAGAUGGGCACCGCUGACCCUGAGAGAGCACUGGCUGUAGCUCGGCUUGUGGAGAAUGACGUGGCUGCCAUUGACGUCAACAUGGGCUGCCCAAAAGAGUACUCUACCAAGGGGGGAAUGGGAGCUGCCCUUCUGUCUGACCCAGACAAGAUCGAAGCUAUCCUCAGUGCCCUCGUCAAGGGAGUAUCCAAGCCUGUGACAUGCAAAAUCCGAAUUCUGCCAUCACUGGAAGAGACUGUUCAGUUGGUUAAGCGGAUUGAGAAGACGGGUGUGUCUGCCAUCGCUGUGCACGGCAGGAAGAAGGAGGAGAGGCCUCAGCACCCCGUCCACUGUGAUUUCAUCCAGGCCGUGGUGGACGCGGUGUCCAUUCCUGUCCUCGCCAGUGGGGGCUCUCUUGACCUGGUAAAAAGUUACGGCGAUAUCGAGGCCUUCCGGGAAUCCACAAGGGCGUCCUCGGUCAUGCUGGCACGGGCCGCUAUGUGGAACCCUUCGAUAUUCCGCCCCCAGGGGAUGCUGUCCCUGGAGGAGGUCAUGGAGGCGUACAUCCAUCAUGCCGUGCGCUACGAGAACCACGUCUCUAACACCAAAUACUGCCUGUGCCAGAUGCUGAGGGAGAAGAUGGAGUCCCCUCUGGGAAAGCAGCUUCACGCUGCCCAGACCACCGCUGAAAUCUGUGAAGCCUUUGACAUGGAGGACUUCUACAAUGAGACACAGGCCUGGAUGAAGGCCCGGAAGGAGGUCCUCAGCUCUGGCCUAAACGGCCAGGAUGCAGAUUUCCCUGUUCUGGAUGGUGAUGUCAUCACCCUGCCCGUGAAGUUCAUCAGAAGGGAGUACCGGCCCCAGAUCACGCCCAAGGUGUGCCUGCUGGAGUGGAGCCGGCGGGAGAGGCUGGACCAGCCGGUGUAUGACACGACACAGCGUCCCCUAGACAGGGCCUUCCAGUCCACAGUUACAGUUGGUGGGAAGAAGUACAGGUCAACCAUGUGGGAGAAGUCAAAGAAGUUUGCUGAGCAGGCAGCUGCCGUGGUGUGCCUCCGUGUUUUGGGGGAGCCUGAGGGGCGGAGCGAGGGGGAGGCGAUCGCACCUGGCAGCAAGCGGAAGAGGGAGGUCGGGUUAGACCAUGGGGACAGGGACAGCGACCAGAUUACAGCCAACGGGCUCUGCGGCGUUUCAGACUCCGGCAGCCAGAAGCGACGUCCUUCCAAAAGCCAGUCUGACAGCCCAAAGGAGGUCCGACCUGGCUGUACCACAUAGUGCUACGCGGGUGGGGGGGGUGUGGUUUGCCUUACUACUUGUCAGCCCUGUGUGUUUACAUGGACUCUGCUAACAGAGCCGGCGAAUAUGAUUUGAACUCUGCCUUGGGUGUGUUUGGGGAAUAUAAGCAGGCCGUGAAGUAUCAUUGUAUAUGGAAGAUUAAUAAUAUGAAUAUAUGACAGACGGGGAAGGGUGGUUCUGGGGGUGUCUACGCAUCACCGACUUCUCAUUAAAUACUUUAAUUUUUGUUUUUAUUGAUUUUACUCCUGGCCGAAAUGUCUUUAAUGGGCUGCCAUUGCUAGUCUGAUGCACUGGUAGUGGUGCACUCACCAGUUCCGAGACAAUUUAUAGACUGAGUGGACGCAAUGAUUUUUCUGUCAACAAUCUGACUAAUGCGUGACUGUUACUUGGACCGAGAUGAGAGGACUGGCGUCUUGUUUUGAGGACUGUAGGCCAAUUAGUAUUAGCAGAUUGGAGAUCAACUUUUUUAUAGAUAAUGCCAGCGCUGAAGGCCACAAGGGAACUAAUGGCAGCUUACACAACAUAUCCAGCAGGGAAACCUACGCUCAUGGAAGGACUGGGAGUUUUAGGAGGCCCAAUGAGCACCGAUUUGGCAGAUUUUGUGAUUGUCAUUUUUAUUCUUAAUGGUAAAUUAACUGCUCUUCGAUGACUGAGUUAAUGGUCGAUUGGGUUAAAUUUUACUUUGGUGGUGAUUGAAAGCAUAACCAGCGGGGGGCAGCAAAGACCAAAGUAAAGCACUAGGGUCACUAAACCUAUGUUUCCAAAGGACGGAAUUGAUAUUUAUGGAAAUGUAACCUCACAAUGCGGCAAAUAUUUGCAUGUGGUAAAUAUUUCUGGAUUAUUGAUUGAUUAGUAUAUUUGUGUUUUUUUUGUUUACUUCCAGCUAUUGCCUUUGAUGUAUAGAUGCACGCCCGUUUUCUAAAGCGCCUGAUGCAAUUUGUGCUUAUGGAGCCGCUUGCAUUAAAAACCUAAAUAAAAAGAAAUUCCUGUA